UAUGUUUUGAAUAAACUCUAUUCAUUCAUAAAUUGAUCAUGAGGUGUUUAACUUUAGGCUCUCUAGCCCGACCAGCUAGUAACUUUACUGUAGGUGCUAAUCGACUUUCACCUUUGUUUUGGAUUAUUAAUCGAUCAUCAUCUUCAUCAGUUGUUAAACCUUACUCAAACUACAAAAGUGAUUAUUUUGUUAAACGUCAUAUUGGAGCAAGAGAACAUGAAAAACAACAAAUGUUAUCGACAAUUGGAUACAAAACUCUGGAAGAGCUCAUUGACAAAACGGUUCCAGAUAGUAUUAAACUUAAUAGAGAUCUUAAAUUGGACUCCAAAAUAACUGAAAAUGAAUUGGUUCAACGUCUUCGCCAAAUUGCUGACCAAAACGAUUAUACUUGGAAAUCAUUCAUUGGACUCGGCUAUCACAAUUGUUAUACACCAGCCCCAAUAAUGAGAAAUAUCUUUGAAAAUCCAGGAUGGAUCACUCAAUAUACUCCUUACCAGGCUGAAAUUGCACAGGGUCGAUUAGAGAGUUUGCUAAAUUACCAAACAAUGAUUUGUGAUUUAACAGCUAUGGAAAUUUCCAAUGCUAGUUUAUUAGACGAAGGAACCGCAGCCGCUGAAGCUAUGCAAAUGUGUCUAAGGCACCACCGUAAUAAGCGCAACAAAUUUCUGAUCUCUGAUAAAGUUCAUCCUCAAACUAUUGCCGUUGUAAAAACAAGAGCCAGUGCAUUAGGAACAGAAAUUCAAUUUUUCAGUGAUUUAUCUUCAAUCGACUCUUUCAAGUUGAAUGAAUUUUCAGGAAUUUUAGUACAAAAUCCAGAUACCGAUGGAAAUAUAUUUGACCUUACCCAAGUAACUCAAAAAGCUAAAGAAUCUGGAGCAAUUUUAUCAGUAGCAACUGACCUUUUAGCCUGUAUUCUAACCAAACCACCGGGGGAAUAUGGUUCCAAUUGUGAUAUUGCUAUUGGAAAUACUCAAAGAUUUGGUAUACCAUUGAACUAUGGUGGACCUCAUGCGGCUUUUAUGUCGUGCCGUAAUUAUUUAACCAGGAUAAUGCCGGGAAGAGUUGUAGGUGUUACAAAAGAUUACCUCGGUAAUCCUGCAGUUCGAUUAGCACUUCAGACUAGAGAACAACAUAUUCGACGAGAUAAAGCAACAUCAAAUAUUUGUACAGCCCAAGCUUUAUUGGCAAAUAUGUCAGCAAUGUAUGCUAUUUAUCAUGGACCUGAAGGAUUGAAGUCAAUGGCCCAAGCAAUUCACGAGAAAACAUGUUACCUAAAAGAUGGUAUAAACCAUCAAAAUGUGUGCAAAGUAACCAAUGACCAUUUCUUUGAUACACUUAAAAUUAAAGUACCCGACGUUGAUGUAAUUAAGGCUCGUGCUGCUCAAAAACAAAUUCAUUUGAGAUAUUUUCCUGACAAUAAGCAUGUUGGAGUUGCCUUAGAUGAAACUGUCACUGAUGCUGAUCUAGAUAAUUUACUUUGGAUUUUUGGAAAAGAUUCGAUCUCAUUACCUGAUAGCAAAGUCAAUUCAUUGAAUAUGAUUCCAUCUGAAUUAAAACGAUCAUCGCCUCUUUUGGUCCAUCCAAUUUUUAAUAAGUACCAUAGUGAAACCAAAUUAGUUCGUUAUAUGAAAAUGCUAGAAAAUAAGGACAUUUCUCUUGUGCAUUCGAUGAUACCUCUGGGAUCAUGCACAAUGAAAUUGACUGGAACAACUGAGUUAUUAGCUUCUUCUUGGCCUCAGUUUGCAAAUAUCCAUCCAUUUGUUCCGGUUGAAAGUGUUAAAGGUUAUCGUCAUUUAAUGGAGGAAUUGAAAAAUGAUCUCUGUGAAAUCACUGGAUAUGAUGAUAUUUCAUUCCAACCAAAUUCAGGAGCUCAAGGAGAAUAUGCUGGUCUUCGAGUUAUUAAAGCUUAUCUCGAUCAUAAAGGCGAAAGUGACAGAGAUAUUUGUUUGAUUCCAAUAUCAGCUCAUGGUACUAAUCCAGCAAGUGCUCAAAUGGCAGGAAUGAAAGUUAAAACAAUCAAUGUUAAUAAAGAUGGUUCAAUUGACAUAGCUCAUCUAAAAGAUAAGCUUGAUAGAUAUGGAAAUAAUGUGGCUUGUAUGAUGAUAACUUACCCAUCGACAUUUGGAGUUUUUGAAGAGCAAAUAGUAGAAAUAAUUGAGCUCGUUCAUAAAUGUGGUUCAGCUCAAGUUUACCUUGACGGAGCUAAUAUGAAUGCCCAGGUUGGCCUUUGCAGACCAGGAGAUUAUGGAAGUGAUGUUUCUCAUCUAAAUCUUCAUAAAACUUUUUGUAUUCCUCAUGGUGGAGGUGGACCAGGAAUGGGUCCAAUCGGAGUUAAAAAACAUUUGGCUCCAUUUUUACCAUCACAUCCAAUUGUUCAUCAAGAUGCUUCAUCUCUCAGUUUUGGAACUGUUUCUGCAGCUCCAUGGGGCUCUUCAGCGAUUUUACCGAUCAGUUGGGCUUACACCAAGAUGAUGGGUCCAAAAGGAUUAAGACAUAGUUCAGAGAUUGCUAUUUUAAAUGCAAAUUACAUGGCAAAGGUUUUGGAGAAAGCAUACAAAAUCUUGUUCAGGGGAAAAUAUGGUAAUGUCGCUCAUGAAUUCAUUUUGGAUGCAAGAGAUUUUGCUAAAACAACAAAUGUGGAAGCCAUGGAUAUAGCUAAGCGACUUCAAGAUUAUGGUUACCACGCACCAACCGUUUCCUGGCCAGUUCCAGGAACACUCAUGAUUGAACCAACAGAAUCGGAGGACAAAGAAGAGCUUGAUAAAUUCUGUGAUGCACUGUUGUGUAUUAGAGAGGAAAUAGCUGAUAUUGAGAGAGGAAUUUAUGACCGUAAUAACAAUCCAAUUAAGCUUGCUCCGCACACUCAAAAGCUUGUUUGCUCUUCAGAUUGGAAUAGACCGUAUUCCAGGGAAAAGGCAGCGUUUCCAUCGAAACUGGUCAAUCCUGAAUCCAAAAUUUGGCCUACAGUUGCUCGAAUCGACGAAGCUUUUGGAGAUAAAAACUUAUUUUGUACUUGCCCUCCAGUUAGCGAUUAUUGUGAUAAUUAAUCUAUGAAAUAUAAUUAUAUAUUCUUAUUAAAAUUUUAAUUUAAUUUUUA